AUGUCAGGGUUUGAAUAUGAAGCUAUUGUUGUUGGGGCUGGUGCUAUUGGACCUGCUAUAGCUGUUGGGCUAGCAAGACAAGGUCGUAAAGUUUUGUUGGUUGAAAGAGACUGGAGAGAGCCAGAUAGAAUCGUUGGUGAAUUGAUGCAACCUGUAGGGUUGAGAGCUUUAAGAUCAUUGGGAAUGAUUCAAGCUAUAAAUAAUAUUGAAGCUACACCUGCUACUGGUUACACAGUAUUCUAUGGGGGUGAAAAAGUUGCUAUACCCUAUCCUUACAAAUCAGAUGUUGCACCAUUUAAACCUUUGAAAGGUUGUGUGUUUGAUGGGAAUGAUAAAGUUUUAGAUGAUUCAACCAUAUCAAGAAAAGUAUUUGAAGAUGGUGAACGUGAAAUGGGGGUAUCUUUUGAACACGGUAAAUAUAUUUCAAACUUGAGAAAAAUAGCCAAAAAUGAAAGUUUAAUCACAUGUUUGGAAGGAACAGUUUCAAGUUUAAUUGAAAAUCAUGGUGAGAUCGAAGGUGUCACAGUCAAACUUCCAGACGGAACAAAACAAAACUACGGUGCUGCACUAACUGUUGUAUGUGAUGGUAUCUUUUCAAGAUUAAGAAAAUCAUUAAAUGAAAAUCAUGUUCCAAAACUAAACUCCCAUUUCAUUGCAUUAAAAUUGAAAAAUGCUGAUAUGCCAGUUAAACAUACUGGUCAUGUCAUCCUAGGUCCAAAUUUUGCCCCUGUUGUUAUUUAUCAAAUUACACCAACUGAUACAAGAGCUUUAUGUGCUUAUACUGGUCUUCAACCACCAAAAGAUAUUAAAAAAUAUUUAGCAGAAGAAGUCUUACCAUAUUUACCAGAAUCACUACAUCCAUCUUUCAAAGAAGCUAUGAAAGACCAACUAAAAACACAUCCAAACUCUUACUUAACAGCCAGACUAAACGAUAUUCCAGGCUUAUUAGUUGUUGGUGAUGCUUUGAAUAUGAGACAUCCAUUAACUGGUGGUGGUAUGAGUGUUGGUUUAGGUGACACAGUAUUACUCUUGAAACUAUUUGAGGAUAUACCAAAUCUUGAUAAUCGUGAUGCAGUUUCUGAAGCUCUUUUAGAAUUCCAUGCUGAAAGAAAAAACUUAGAUGCAGUUAUUAACAUUUUAUCAAUUGCCUUAUUUUCCUUGUUUGCAGCUGAUAGUUACAACUUAAAAAUCUUACAAAAAGGUUGUUUCAAAUACUUCCAAAGAGGUGGUGACGCUGUUAACAUCCCAGUUGGGUUCUUGAGUGGUCUUUUACCAAAGCCAUAUUUGUUGACUUGGGUCUUUUUUAAAGUUGCAUUCUAUUCUAUUGCUGUUAAUUUCUUGGAUAAUGGUCCAUUAUUAUUGCCCUUAUCAAUCAUUCAAAUUUUUACCAUUUUAGGAACUGCAAUUGCUGUAUUUACCCCAUACUUAUGGAAAGAAUUAUUUACUUGA